AUGGCAGGCGCGGCCACAUUGGCCAGCACGCAAAACACAUCCAUCCCAGGAGGUCCCACCUUCAACGACUUCCUGCGCUUCUCCUGCUCCGAGCUCAACAUCCAACGCAUCGAUCCCCUCGUGACUCCCGGCAUAGUCCCCUCACCGCACCUCCACCAGUUUGUGGGCGGAAACGCCCUUGCACCAACCAUGGACCCUUCCAUGAACAUAUCCGAGCAUGCGACCUGCACAACGUGCACUUACAUCGAAGACUUCUCGAACUACUGGACCGCGGUCCUGUUCUUUAAAGCGAGGAACGGAAGUUUUCACCGCGUGCCGCUGAUGGGAAAUCUGGGGUUGGAGGGACAAAGAGGCGGGAUGACGGUGUAUUACACGGCGCCGUAUGACAAGAAGACCAAGGUCACUGCAUUCAGACCUGGCUUCCGCAUGCUUAUCGGCGACCCAGGAUACCGCGCACCCAGCCCGAUCGCGCAAGAAUACAAAAGCAUAGCUUUCCGCUGCUUCACAGAGCCCUGGGGUCCAGCGCCCCCAGCAUCGGAAAUUGGGGGCGACUGGGACACGCGGUAUUUUCCGAAAAAGCCGUGUCCGUACGGGUUGCGUGUGAAUAACUUCUUUCCGACGUGCUGGGAUGGCGUAAAUGUGGAUAGCCCCGAUCACAAGAGUCAUGUGGCGUAUCCGAGCAACGGCACAUUUGAGACAAAUGGGAAGUGUCCAGAUACUCACCCAGUAAAGCUCCCCCAAGUCCUCUACGAGACAAUCUGGAACACCUCAGCUUUCAACGACCCGUCGAUGUGGCCGAUAGACGGCAGCCAACCCUUCGUCUUCAGCAUGGGUGACACCACUGGAUAUGGCUGGCAUGGUGACUAUCUGUUUGGGUGGAAGGGCGAUGCGCUGCAGAGAGCGAUGGAUAGGUACUGUGGGACUGACUGUCCAGUGCUGGAGACGCAGAGUAUAGAGAAGGCGAACAAGUGUGCGAAGGCUGUGGUUGUGAAUGAAACUGUUGAUGGGUGGCUAGGGGAGAUACCUGGCGGUGUAGAGGUUACUUCAUGA